CAUCUUUGAGCUCCUCCUGACUUGCGCGCGCGCACACGCGCGACGACCAACAUGGCGAUGGAGUAUGAAAACUACGAUGGCAACAUCGACUUUUCUCAGGAAGCCCCCAUGUCCCGUGUACAACUGCAUCCGUGCAGUACUUGUGGUCGUACCUUCAAUGAAAAAGCCCUUGGCAAGCAUGCUCCCAUCUGUUCCAAAACCCAUGCCAAUGCCGCACGACGCGGUACUUUUAACAGCACUCGCCAGCGUGUCGAGGAGCUGGAGGUCAAACCGGCCGGUACAGGGUUUCAAGCCAGCGCAACUACCCGACCUGCCAGAACAACACGUACCGUCGCCAAACCCACACGUGCCAAAACCGCGGACACGCGUCCCCCCCCUGAACGCGCCAGCGUUGCUCCUGCCACCUCAAACAAGCCUGCCACAACAAGCAAAGGCGACUGGCGCAGUAAACGUGAGCAGUUUUUGGCCAACCUUCGUGCUGCUCGCCAGGUGACGGCGCAUCUCAAAGCCGGAGGCGAUAUUCGUGAUCUUCCUCCACCCACAGUCGAUGAACACCCCGAAUAUGUCAGCUGCCCUACAUGCAACCGUCGUUUCAAUGAGGAUGCUGCCAAGCGCCACAUCAAGUUUUGUGCCGAGCAGGCCAAGCGUGCGUCGAUAAAGCGGAACGGUUCCACCAAAGGAGGAGCCAAGGCAGAGGCAGUGCGCCGCCGAACCGCUUACAAACCCCCUUUGCCCGGUGCCAAGAGUUCCAGCUCCAGUGUUCAGCCCUCCCCAGCACACCAACGAGCUUAUGGUGACCAGCAGGCCCCUUCCAUCAAUGGUCAAAGGUAUGACUCCGAACCCACACCCGAGCGAACAUCAAAACCUCAACCUCCAUCCUCGGCUGCUCCCCGACGACGGGGCGUGCCUGCGGACAGUGGCGCACGUGCAAGCACGGUGCGCCGAACAAAUGGCACAGCCAAUACCGCUUCUCGUCAUGCGGUGGAGGCCCCUUACGCUACAACGUUGGCCCGCCUGCGCCUGAUUCCAACAGCCGCUUUCAACGCACACACUCCAAGCGCACGCCCAUCACUCUCGACUGGCUUCUGA